AAAAUAUUGCAAUUUUGGGAUAAAAAACUCUCGACGUGCGUGGCAGCGCAAAAGGUUAAUUCCAGUGCGAGAAAGUAAAUACAAAAUCUUCGAUAAGGAGCCGAAUUUGGAAGGACAACAACUUCCGCGUUACGUAAAGAAACGAGACAUCUCCUUUCCCGUUAUAUCAAAUUAUAGCAUGAACUGUAUAAAUAUCGCCCGUACAUUUGAAUGGAAAAGUCCUGGACGAUUUUCUUGAGCACAGAGGGCGGUGGCCUCCGGGCGCCUAACGACAGUACUGCGCGUCAGCGAACGAAGCCUGCAGUUCCAAGUCAGUUCUCGUCUCACGAUGGGACGAAGUCGUGGUUUUUCCUGGUUUUUCGUGCGGUUCACGGCGCUCGUGAAACCCAUCGUCGUGUUCCUCGACGUUUCGCGGAUGUGAAUCCCUGGCGCGGAGAUACGGCGUCCACAGGAACAGCAGGAGGAUUCGAAGCGGCUUCAGUGAGUGUGACACUUGGGCGGUGUCAGGUUAGGUUUCGAGAAAGGGUGAAGGAAAUAAACCGCAAAACUGGCAGGCUUGGCAGGUUGCGUCUCGACGAUGGUCGACGAUGAGGAACAGGAGGAGCUUCGGUGUACCGGAAGCGACGUGGAGAUCGAGGAGUACACCGACACCGAGGACUCGCCAUAUGUCGCUUAUCAGGCUACCGAUAAGCUGUUCGAUACGGACAGAGCGACCUGGCAAAAAUUCAGCUUCAUCGCCACCCUUCUGACCGUCGUCGUGUCCAUUACCUGUUUGAUUAUCACCUAUCCCCUUUAUCUCGAGAGCGUCAGCUACGUGUCCAACGCUUACACAGGACUUCUCUUCACUGCCUUCUGCUCUGCCUUCAUCCUGGGCGUAAUAUGCUUCAUCGCGGGCAGAGUGUCUCCACCACCAGCUCUGAUCCCGAACAGCAUGCGGAUUAGGAUCCCUCGUUGUGCUCUGCUCAAGAUCAGUCUUAUCUAUGCCCUGUCUGGCAUAGUGAUCACUCUUUCUUUGGACCGGGGCAGAGUCUUGUGUCACUUGCAGGAUCCCAUAAAAGGCAUCACUUUGGUCUUCUCUCUGGUCUACUAUUUCUUCUUCUGUCGUAAAAUGAUGAGCUUGCAGAGAAUCUUCUCAAGCACUACGAUAAUUGUUGGUCUCUUCAUAAGCGUGGAUUAUGGCCUGUGUGACGAGUUUCGAUGCAGAGGGCGAGAUGUUUCGGCUCAUGUGAGAGGAUCUUGGGGCGUGAAGGCCAUUUGGACGUUCGUUUAUGUCGGUUCCCUGGCUGCUUUCGCUAUGUUCUUCACUCUGCUGGAGGGCCAUUAUACCACUGAGCAACAAAACAUGUGUCAAAUAAUGGCGAGCCAACAAAAUUCUUUUCUCUACACGGUGUCGAGAUUGGUGUCUUCGCGAGACAUCCGUCGACGAGGUUCUGAAGAGGAAGGAGGCAGACUACUCCAUGUGACAGACCCUGAUCCUACCAUAAAACCAAAACACAUUCCAAAACCUCCAAUCCUCGAAACUCUCUUCUACAUUCACUUAAUCGCCUUCUUUGCCAUUUUAUCCAUGUCCUGGAUCGACACGUUGCCAGGAAUAGGCAGAGGUUUGUCUCCAGUGGAACUAUACCGUACAAUAGAGCACGGGCUCACAUGUCACUUCAAGAACACCGAAAACUGCUCAAAUAUUUCUACUCAUGGCUGGAUCUUCUUGAUAGCAUAUAGUACUUUCGCAAUUUCUGUGUUGAACUUCCUGUCUAUAAGCGAGAGCGCUGUCUUCACCGUUGCUACCGCUACUGUGUCUCUCCCGUUGUCUGGAAUCUGGUGGAGCAUAUACAAAAUGGACAUUCACGGUGAUUUCAUUACAUGGUCCCCCGGAGUGACGGGAGAGCUGAUCUGCGCACUACUAGGUCUUCCAGUGGUCCUUCUAGGUCUGGGUCUCCUCGUCAGAUCGCACUUCCGCGACACUCAGCCCUGCUACUUGACCAUGCAAUCACCAGACGUACAAUGUGAACCGUCUCAAAGAUGAACAACUUUCAGGAAACUAACUGGAGUCUUUGUACUUAACUCUACAACAUAAAAGAUUCAUAGCAAUUGUUUUACAAAUUUUUGUUUAAACGUAAAAACAAAAAAAAAGAAAAAGAAA